AUUCAACAAGAUGAACUUUCCAUGGAAAUCAUUUAUCAAAGAGUCGCCGGAUGUUCCUAUAAACUCAGUAAAAAGUCCACAAAGCUACCUGAAUUUUGACAGUGCCGAAGCACGAGCAGCAUACGAAGAAAUUGUCCAACAAAAAUCUGAUGCAACGGAACUACCAAAGGAAAAUAGUAAUUACCACCAAGAACAGCCAAAUCUUCAAACAAAUAAGUUUGUAAGGUCCUGCGGCGUUACAAUAACUCGGGUUGCUGAAAACAAUAGUACUAAAGUUUCUACUAACUCAAUUUUGAAGGCUGUAGAACAAGGUGAUUUGAUUUUUUUAAAGCAACACCUAACACCGGAAAAUGUAAAUGUAACCGACGACUUUGGAUGGACGCCGUUAAUGUUGGCAGCAUAUUGUGGCCAGCCAGCAAUCGUAGAACUUCUGCUGAAACUCGGUGCUAAUAAAAGGGCAAGAGAAAGAUCUGGCCUAACGGCGGCACAAUUAGCUUUAAAAAAAAAUUUUAUAAAUAUAGUAGCUCUCCUUCGGAAAAGAAACAUUCUUGAAAAGACUGAAAGUCAAUUGUCAUGGAAUUUUAAACUAAAGGAGGAUAUAAUAGAUAUAACGAAAAGUAAUGCUGUAAAUUUACAAAGUGAAAUAUUAAGACAAGGUGAAAGGAACAAGAGCACUGAAUUUUACUGCGAAAUUUGUAAAUCUCACUUUAAAGAGACUACAAUAAAAAAACAUGAAACUUCAACAUUGCACAUAUUCAAUACAAAGCCGAAACUACCUAGCGCAAUUUAUGGAAUAUCAAAGCAAAAUAAAGGCUAUAAAAUGCUUAUAAAUACAGGCUGGGAUGAAGGUGGUGGUUUAGGACCAUCCGGAAAGGGCUUGAAAUAUCCUGUAAAAACUGUGUUAAAAGCAGAUCGAAAGGGUCUCGGUCACCCAACGGAUCUUGAACCAAGGGUAACCCAUUUUAAACCUGGAGACCCUAGUGCAAUUAUUUUAAACAAAGUACCAAAGCAUAAGCCAUUUAAAAUGAAAGAUCGAGAAAAAUUACUCAGCAAAGAAUCUAAGAAAGAAAGAGCUAUACGUAUAGCACUGUCUUAAAUGUAACGAGAUUAUAAUUUUAUUACAACACAUCGAUAAAUAAUUUAUACAGUAGAAUCUAAAAACUAAACAAAUAAGACAAAUUGAUGAAAUUUAUAUUUAAGGAGUUUAGAUAUGUACGUUACAAAAUUAUAAAAUAAUGCUGAAUGAUCAACAAAGAUUGUUACAACAUCUCCAAGGAGUUGAAAAGAAAGCUGGAGAAAUCCUUACUGACCGGCAAGAUGUUGUUGCAUUGGAUAGAAGAAGAAAUGAUGAUAGGGUAGGGAUGAGAGCAUUGCAACAACAGAAAUGUGAUAAGACAUGGAUUACAGUCGGGCCUCUAUUAUUAAAAAUGUCAUCCAACGAGGCUGAAAAAUUGCUAAUACAAGAUCAAAAAGAAUGUGACAUAGAAAUCAAUAAAAUUAGAAGCAACCUCAAGGUUAAAGUCAAUGAAUUAAGGGAUCUGGAAUUUAAUCCUCCAGUACCUGGUUUAAUGCUAAAACCUUUGUCGCAUAAAGAAAUGGCAGCUUUAAAUGAAGGAAGAGGGAAGAAUUUAUAAGAUUAUACACUAUAAAUUUUGUUAAUGUAAAAUGUACCAUGUUGUGAUUGCAAAAUAAUACAAUCGAGAUAAUUUAUCAA